AUGAUUGCUAGCCGCCUGAUACCCCGAAGUGCCAUCCGCGCGCUGCCCAGCAGGCAAUUGACUCUGUCACGAUGGAGUCGAGGAUUUGCCUCUGCUUCUGAGGAGAAGGACCUGGUCAUCAUCGGUGGUGGUGUUGCCGGAUAUGUGGCCGCCAUCAAGGCCGGACAGGAGGGCCUGAAGGUGGCCUGCAUUGAGAAGCGUGGAACCCUCGGCGGUACCUGCUUGAACGUUGGCUGCAUUCCCUCAAAAUCUCUGCUCAACAACUCCCACCUGUACCACCAGAUUCUCCAUGACUCAAAAAACCGCGGUAUCGAGGUCGGAGAGGUCAAGCUCAACCUCGAGACUUUCAUGAAGGCCAAGGAAACCGCCGUCACCGGCCUGACCAAGGGUGUUGAGUUCCUCCUGAAGAAGAACGGCGCCGAGUACAUCAAGGGCACUGGCUCCUUCAUCAACGAGAACGAAAUCAAGGUCGAACUCAACGACGGCGGCGAGUCCGUCAUCCGCGGCAAGAACAUUCUCAUCGCCACCGGCUCUGAAGCUACUCCCUUCCCCGGCCUCACCAUCGACGAGCAGCGCGUCGUCACCAGCACCGGCGCUAUUGCCCUGCAAAAGGUCCCAGAGACAAUGACCGUCAUCGGUGGUGGUAUCAUUGGUCUUGAGAUGGCUUCCGUUUGGUCACGUCUGGGAGCCAAGGUCACCGUUGUCGAGUUCCUCGGCCAGAUCGGUGGACCCGGUAUGGACACCGAGAUCUCCAAGGCCACCCAGCGAAUCCUCAAGAAGCAGGGCAUCGAGUUCAAGCUCAACACCAAGGUCGUCAGCGGCGACACCAGCAGCGAGCUCGUCAAGCUCGACGUCGAUGCUGCCAAGGGCGGCAAGCCUGAGAGCAUUGAUUCUGAGGUCGUUUUGGUCGCUAUUGGACGAAGACCCUACACUCAGGGUCUGGGCCUGGAGAACAUUGGCCUCGAGACGGAUGAGCGCGGUCGUGUUAUCAUCGACUCGGAGUACCGAACCAAGAUCCCCCACAUCCGCUGCAUUGGUGACGUUACCUUUGGACCCAUGCUUGCCCACAAGGCCGAGGAGGAGGCUGUUGCCGUCGUCGAGUACAUCGCAAAGGGCCACGGCCACGUCAACUACGGAUGCAUCCCGUCCGUCAUGUACACCCACCCUGAGGUCGCUUGGGUUGGCCAGUCGGAGCAGGACCUUAAGGCCCAGAACAUCCCCUACAAGAUCGGCACUUUCCCCUUCAGCGCCAACUCCCGAGCCAAGACCAACCUCGACUCCGAGGGUCUCGUCAAGAUCCUCGCCGAUCCCGAGACUGAUCGCCUGCUCGGCGCCCACAUUGUUGGACCUGGCGCUGGUGAGAUGAUUGCUGAGGCUACCCUGGCCCUGGAGUACGGCGCAUCCAGCGAGGACAUUGCCCGAACCUGCCACGCCCACCCCACGCUCGCCGAGGCUUUCAAGGAGGCUGCCAUGGCCACCUAUGACAAGGCCAUCCACUUCUAA